CUCGGGCCCGCGGGGGCGGGACAGUCUGGUAGAAAGGAGCGUGAGGCGGGGGCGCGCCUAGUGUAGUGAGGAACGGGAGCGCGCAGCGUGUGGGGAAAGGCCUGAGUGAAACCAUUGGCUCCUGAUGGCAGCAGAUGACGCUCAGACUCUCCAUCGCCGCGGGGAGGAUGCAAAAUCGGUAUUUCCUUCUCUUACCAUUGGUCUGUCUGCAGUCACGUUUAUACAUCAAGCGCUUAUGUACCCAGAGCCGGAGAGGGGCCACAAGGAGAAGGGCCACAGUAAAUCUGAACCUGUGAAGCUGAACAGAAGCAGUCUAGUCAGGGAUGAGACCGUAUCUUCUACCAACCCCACUGCUGAGGAGCCUCCCAGGAGGAGGAAGCACAGACUGGAGAAGGAUGAAAAGGCCAAGUCUGCCGAAAGUUCCGCUCAUAUAAAGAAAAUCAAAUCUCACAAUCACCACACAGAAAGUGAUACUGGAGAGCCCCUACCCAAGCACAAAAAGGCAGACAAUUCCCUCACAGAAAAGCUGCUGCAGGACGGUGUGAUCUCCAGCGCCGCAGAAAAUGGGUUCUAUAAGUCAGUGGAACCGAGUGAUGGCAGAAAGGAGAUGUCUUGUGAAGUCACCACCCGACUGGAUGAGAACAGCAACAUCACCGCAAUGGAGUGCAAUGGGGAAUUUACACUUUACAGAGAGGAUAAGGGGGUAGAAUCUCCGUGCCAAACCAGGAAAAAUGAACCUAACUGGGAGAGUUCUACUGCUGAACCCAAUGCUGGAGAAGAGACGAGAAGAGAAGGACUCUGGGAGAGUACGGCAGAUAGUAGGGCUACACUGGACCCCCGCAUAAGCAAAGAUAACAGAAAUAUACAGGAACAAAAAGGGGGGUUGCCAUGCAAAACUGAAAAGGAAAGAGACGGCCAUCACAAAUCCAAAGUAAAAAAGGAUAACGUUGAUAGGUCUGAGAGGAAAAAGGAUCAUGUGGAGAAAAGUGGGGAUUCAGAGAAAAAGGAAAAGGGGGAUUCAGAGAAAAAGGAAAGGGGGAAAAACCAUUUGUGUAGAGAUUCAGAGGGGGGGAAAGAAAGUUUAAAAAGGGGCAAAGAAAACAAAGAGUCUAAAAGCGAGCAGAAAGCCAUUGAUGGGACUGAAGGCAUCGCCCAGCCAGAAAGAGAGAAGAAAUGUGAAGAUAAAAUGGCAUCAGGGAAAGAGAGAGAAUCUGCCGAGGAGAAGGAAACUGGUAAGAGAGACCCCCUGAAAUCCAAAGAUAAAACAUCUGCUGGGGAGGAAAGAAAGCCAAAAAAGCAUUCUCACAAAGAGAAGUCCAAAGAGAUGAACAGAACAAGAGAGAAGAUGGAAGAUGCUAAGAUGUCAGUGUCUCGUGACCAUCACAGGAAAGGAGAUGCCCUGGAGGGGGCAGUGGAAGCCAACGAGGCAGUAAAACCUGAAAGAAUUGAGGUGGCUGUUGGGGAACCCAAGGAACACAGCAGGGAAGUAGAUGAGAAGGUCCAUCUCAGGGUAAAGAGCUUCGAGGAGGAGCUGAAUGAGUUGGCCAACCUGAAAAUGCAGAGCAGCAAAGUGAAGAAGAAGGAGAGGGAAACGAAGAAGCACGAGGAGAAGAGAGAGAAGAUAAAGGAGCAAAGCAGCGAUGGGGCUGAAGGUAAAGCUACCAAAAGGGAAGGUGAGGAAGAGGAGUUGGUGGGUGAGGAGGCCAAACCUAGGGUAGAAAAGAAUCAGAAAGAGAAGAUUAAAGAGAGAGGAAAAAAAAGCUCCAAGGAUGAGGCCGCUAGAGACAAAAAGCAGCCUUCUCGGAAACGCAAAAGCACUGAAACCGAAGGGACGGAAGCCAAAAAGGCAAAAGAUGCGGCCAAAAAGGAGGAAGAAUCAAAGUGGAAAUGGUGGGAGGAGGAGCACUACGAGGAUGGCAUGAAGUGGAAAUUCCUGGAACACAGGGGCCCAUAUUUUGCCCCUCCGUAUGAGCCCCUCCCGGAUGAUGUCAGCUUCUACUAUGAUGGGAAGCCAGUGAAACUGAGCCCAGGGGCCGAGGAAGUGGCCACUUUCUAUGGCAAAAUGCUGGACCAUGAGUAUACUACCAAGGAGGCGUUCCAGAAGAACUUCUUUGCAGACUGGAGAGAGCAAAUGACGAAUGAGGAGCGGAAGCUGAUCAAGCACCUACACAAGUGUGAAUUCUCCGAGAUCCACAAGUAUUUCUUUGAAAAGAAUGAGGCCCGCAAGGCUUUGCCCAAGGAAGAGAAACAGAAACUGAAGGAGGAAACCAAUAAGAUCCAGGAGGAGUACGGCUACUGCAUCCUUGAUGGACACAGGGAAAAAAUUGGAAACUUCAAGAUCGAGCCCCCAGGACUGUUCCGAGGCCGUGGGGACCACCCAAAGAUGGGAAUGCUGAAGCUGAGGAUAAUGCCAGAGGAUGUGAUUAUAAACUGCAGCAAAGAAUCCAAGGUUCCAGACCCCCCUCCGGGCCACAAGUGGAAAGAGGUUCGGUGCGACAACACCGUGACAUGGCUGGCAUCAUGGACGGAAAAUAUCCAGAGUUCUAUUAAGUACAUCAUGCUGAACCCAAGCUCCAAACUGAAGGGGGAGAAAGACUGGCAGAAGUACGAGACUGCUCGCCGACUGAAAGGGGUUGUGAGCGACAUCAGAGCUCAGUACCGAGUAGACUGGAAAUCCCGGGAGAUGAAGAAACGGCAGAGAGCUGUGGCCCUCUAUUUCAUUGAUAAGCUGGCACUCCGAGCGGGAAAUGAAAAAGAGGAAGGGGAGACGGCAGAUACAGUUGGCUGCUGUUCCCUUAGGGUGGAGCACAUACAGCUGUACCCAGAGCUCGAUGGGCAGCAGUACGUGGUGGAGUUUGACUUCCUGGGAAAGGAUUCCAUCCGCUAUUAUAACAAGGUGCCAGUGGAGAAGGAGGUGUUUAAGAACCUGAAGCUUUUCAUGGAGAAUAAAAACCCGGAGGAUGAUCUUUUCGACAGGCUGAAUACUUCCAUACUGAACAAACAUCUACAGGAUCUGAUGGAUGGACUUACGGCCAAAGUGUUCCGAACCUACAAUGCUUCUAUCACCCUGCAGAACCAGCUGAAGGAGCUGACCAAUGGGGAGGACAAUGUAGCGGCCAAGAUUCUGUCUUAUAAUCGGGCAAACAGAGCUGUAGCUCUUCUCUGUAACCACCAGAGGGCGCCACCAAAAACCUUUGAAAAGUCAAUGCAGAAUCUACAGACUAAGAUUGAUGCAAAGGAACAGCAGCUGAAAGAAGCAAAGAAAGAGUUAAAGAGCGCAAAGGCAGAGCAUAAAGCCAGGAAGAGUGAGAAGUCUAAGAAGGAGAUGGAGAAGAAGAAGAAGCAAGUGGCACGGAUAGAGGAGCAGCUGAUGAAGCUGAAGUUACAGGCGACCGACAAAGAGGAGAAUAAGCAGAUUGCCCUGGGCACGUCCAAACUCAACUAUCUGGAUCCCAGGAUCACCGUAGCCUGUUCUCUGUUUGGUCUGCCCCAGGUGCAAGAAGUACGGCGUGCCCAUCGAGAAGAUCUAUAACAAGACGCAGAGAGAGAAAUUUGCGUGGGCGAUAGACAUGACCAGCGAGAACUUUGAGUUCUGAUCUCAGGUAUCGGUGCCACCAUCACCAAGCACUUAAUCCAAGCACUGCCGUGUCAGCCAUGGACUCCCACACUGACCCCCUCGGCCGGCCCCCGCCUGGGGCACGUGUAGCUAAUGGUUUCCUCCAAAUGGAGGGGUGUCUACUUCCUUCUUGUAUUUGCCAUGUUGGUACCAAGCUCUAUUCUGAUUUGACUUCAUUAUUCUUCUUUUGGCCAAAUAAGUACAGCAGCCAAUGGCUGUCCAGAGAUUGGACUGUGUGUGUUGUUCCUUCUAACGAUCUCCCUACUGCAGAGGCGGGGCCUGGGGCUGACGGGUCCAACAGCCCUUCAUUGGCAGGUUCUAUUCUUUUGGACCCUGCAGAACGAAAGUGGCCCAUUUGGGCUGAAACUGGCUGAAGUGGGUGGCCAUUUUGUACAGUGUUACCUGGCGGGUUGGGAAGGAUUCUAUAACGACUGCCAUUGGUUGGAAAGGAUUCUAGAAUGGCCACAAUUUGUUGGAAAGGUAUUUAUGCUGGCUACGAUUGGUUGGAAAGGAAUUUAUGCUGGCUACGAUUGGUCGGAAAGGAUUCUAUAGAGUAUAGAUGUAUUAAUAAGCGUAGAGAUAUACAGAUGAUCCUCGAUCCGUUACCGGUGCCAUCGGGUCGCUGUGGUUCUGCAAGUUUUCCUUCUUGUUUGUAUUUAAAUUCCGAGCUCCGGGAAAAUGCAAUAAUUGCUGUAAAAUAGAAAUGUGUUUUUUUUUCUUUUGUAAUCAUUUAUUUUUCGUUAACGAACAAACGGUUCGAUUAAAGACGUAUUUUUGGGAAUCUGCGCAACUUUCUUCGUGGUUUUGACGAUUCCGCAGACUUGUCUGAAAGAUGUUACAAUAAAAGAAGCAAAAUAAA